AUGCUUUUUGGGGAUUACGAGGCUUUAGAUUAUUUCUAGCAAAAUGCGAUGACACAUGCCUUACUUGUUCUGGAUCAAAAAAAAAUGACUGUUAAUCUUGUCAACCUGGAUAUAGAUAUUGAAAUAAUGAGUGUUUAGAUGGUAUAUUUAAAAAUAAUAUUUUAGUAAAAUGGAUCUUGGGUUUAUAACAAUAUUUCUAACCUUAAGAUUUUCAAACUCAACCUGGUUGGACUAUAUCAAAUAUUUACUAUAAUCAAUCUCCAUUUUAAAUAUGUGCUAAUACCAAUCUAGUAGGAGGGUACUCAUUGUUCUCUAAGGAUUCUGAAAUAGCCUAAACUAUGGAUUUGCCUAAACAUACAAAAGUAAGAGUCAAAGUAUAAUUUUGGAAAUUUGAUACUUGGGAUAAUGAAUGGUUUCAAGUAUAUGCAAAUGGAAAUCGAGUUUACUAAGAAUAGUUUGGAUUUACUGGAGUUCAAGUAAUUUGUGGAUCAACUACUUCUAAUUCUUGUGCAAAAUAUUUGGAUUUUGAAUUUGUUCACAGUAACCCAACUAUCAAUUUAGUUAUGACCACUACUUUAAAUGAAAAUGCACUUAAUGAAUCUUGGGGAAUCAGAAAUUUUUAAUUAUUUUACGGAAUUAUACAGGAAUGCAGCUAUUCUGUUAUUGAGACCUUUAGUUUACCUUCAUUCAUAGGAACUAAGCAUAUUUAAACAACAUUAUAUUCAUUUGAUCAAUCCUUGUAAAAUAAAUUGGUAAUAUCUGAACUCGGGAUCACUCUAUAUCCUGAAUUUGAUGAAACAAUAACUGUUGACUCUUCAAUUGAAAAAUUGACAAUCUCAAUCAUUUGGAAAUGUUUUUAAACUGAUCUAAAUUUUUCCAUUACUAUAUUACAAAGCGGAUACCCAGAUUACAAAACAGGAACAGCUGUUUGUAAUACAAAACGAUUUAAUGUAUUAAACUCCUUGGUGGUUUUGGAAAGGGCAAUAAAAUAAGAAUCAUAACUUAGGUUAGUAGCUACUUCAACAUCGAUUUAGAUAACUUAAAUAGUAUAAACUUAAACUAUAAAGUAAUACGAAAUUGUAAUUAACUGA